CACGCGCUCUGAGCACCGGCGCGCGCCCUCCGUUUGUCCCGCUGACUGUCAGUGACAUUUACUAGCAGAUAGUCUGUGCGAAGGAAUGUGUUACAGAUACAUGGAGGGUCCGGAACUGCGGUUUCUGUGAUGGAAAAGUGGAGAGGAAUAACAAUGCUGCUCGGAGUUAAUAAGAGAUAGGUCAGGGAUGGUGGAAGAGGACGGUCAUGUGGUGUAGGAGAAAACCUAGGCACAGACUUCGGAAUGCCACAGGCUGUCUCACUGCUGCCCUUCCUGCUGGCACUCAUGGGAUAUGCUUUUGCAGGGCUCAAUAUCUGGCCCUCCUUCCACGUUGCCCUUAGCAACGCCAGUGUAUUUGUAGACUUCAGCACAAAAUCCAACAUCAGCACCAUCCGCAACAUAAGCCUCUCUCUGGUCAACACGGAAACCAACACCACCCUUCUGACCAGGACUCUCCCCAACAACCAAUCGGCCGGUAGGGUGGAGUUCAACUGCUCCUGCUUCCUGUAUGCAGGAACUUUCAGGUUCCUGCUGAGGCAGACCACCGCUGCUGUUUCUUAUGCCAAUAGCACAGAUGUCAGUAGCACAGAGAGCACCACCUGGUGGUGGAGUUCAGAACUGCAGGUGCAGUGGCCUACCUUUCACAUCGCUGUAGAAAGGGCUGGAAACCACUCAGGAUCUUUUCAGGUGGGGAUAUCCACUAAUGAAUACUUUCAGGCUUGUUCCAGCAUCCUCGACUCUGCCCUCUUCCUAGAAGUCAGCUACAUGGAGUACAACCAGAUUGGGCGAAACAGCAUUGACAAGGUCCGAGCCCGCACACGACACCCAAUCAAACCCCUCCGUUCCCAGAGCGUUGAGCUGUCCUGCGCCUUCCCAUUCACAGAAAGAGACUUCAUACAAGUGGCCCUUCGGUCUCCUCAUACACCUCAGGAAGUGAAGAGCUCUGGACCUCUUUACCUGUCGCGUAUCUUCUCCUAUAAACUACUGGUGGAAAACACCAACACUUACAAGAGUGGUUGUGAAGGGACUAUGACUGUUAAACUGAUAACCCCACCGUGCGCUCACAUCAAUGGGAAAGUAUUGCUGUAUAAGGAUGCAAGUGUUGGAAGAGGGGGUGCUGUUUCCUCUGGGAUCGGAGCAGGUGGAACAGCACUGAUGGGGUUUGGUCCAGAGGAGCCCUCCUCUCCUCCGCUGGCCUUUAACUGGCUGACUCAGGGAGAGAAUGAGACAGAAUUCAACUGUUCUGUGUUUUACACAGGAAGAAAUAAGUACUGCUUUCGCUUUGUUUUCAACUUCAGUCGCUCUCCUAGUCCGGCACAAACCUGUUUGGUGGUUCACAGGAGUGCAGAGUCAUGGGGGCCGUGGCAGCCAUGGAGUGUGUGCAGUGUGAGCUGUGGAGAGGGGGUGAGGGAACGAGUGCGUGAGUGUUUGCUGCCCUCAAGUGUGGGAGGGAUGCAGUGCACUGGCAUGGUGAAAGAACAGUCCCUGUGCUCACUGGAAAACUGUGUCGUGUUGCCUGAUCCUUCUCCAUCCCUCCCCCCUGUACCUGUCGGAGUUGCACCCUUAGGUGGUAACAUGGUCGUAGUGGCUGGCAUCUCUCUUUGCCUGGCUGUGAUUCUGGCGACUUUUGUGGUGGCUGUGUGGAGAAAGCUUUGCCAGACCCCUCAGUGCAGCUCUGUUCGCAGAGGCUCCAUGCAUUCUCCUGGGGGACGCAAGCUCUCUGAUGAGGCCUCCAUCUGUGGACACAGCCUUCAAAGACCCAGCCUCUCUGACGGCCAUGGCCCGCCAGGGAGCAUGGGUGUGGGUGUAGCCCAGAAAGACAGGCUUUCCCCGGGUGGUCAGCCUCUCUCACAGACCCUGGUCAUACCUCUUGCACAGGACCCAGAAAGGCUGUCUCCCACAGGACAGAAGCUGUUGCCACCAAUAUUUGGUUACCGAUUGGCUCAGCAGCAGUUGAAAGAAAUGAAAAAGAAGGGGUUAAAGGAGGCCACACAGCUGUACCAUGUCUCUUCAAGCCCAGUCCAUGACACCUUGGUGGAGACAUCUGCUUCACCCACCAGCUCGCCGAUUCCUACACCAACUGGAUUCGCUCAUCCCGCCCUCCCUUUGGGUCACCAGGACGACACAAACCACAACCAUUUUCACAUUGCAACUCCCUUUUCUGAGCCGCCGUCGCAGACUUCGAGGGCCACGCCGGACAGACUGAGUCCCAGAGUGGAGCUGAUCUUAGGUCCUCCUGUCUCUGCAAGUGGGGGUAGCUCAAAAUGGCGUGACCGCACUGCCGACUGGGUGGAGAUGGUAGGGAGGAGCGGGUUAGCAGGUCUCAGAGGAGGAGAUGCAGGAGUGGGAAACUCCAAUCACAAGAAUCCAAAUUUUCGCCGGACCUCCAGUUUCAAUGAUACCAGACCCCAUCCUCCAUCCUCUGCGCAGUCCAGACAGUUCAGAGAACGGAGCAUGACCCAGGUGGGAUCUCGGACCCUUCCUGAAGGAAGUUGUUGGACCAAAGGAGGAUGGGAGAGGCAGCCAUACCGCUCUUACCCCAUUCCAGAGCAUGGGGCCUCGGAGUGGACCAACUCCAGACCCCAGAGAAAUGACCAAAGGAAGCCCUGGAUAGAGACAGCUGUUCUUUCUCACAACAGUGAACUCAAACACACAGGAACCAACACAAACAGCAUUUCAGCAUCUGACAAACAUGCUAAGGGAGACAUCAGUGGCACUGGGGAAAGACAAAGGAGUGGUGAGUCUGGAGUUGGAGGUAGAGAGGGGAUCUCAGGGAUCGGGGGUCCAGUGCCUGCCAGUUCCCAUGGAGUCAACCAGCUGAGUAUGGAUCGGGCAGAGCGGGCUGAGCAGUACUGGAACCGUCGUGGCCCAUCGCCUAUCCAGAGGAACAUUCUGGCCCGGAAAUUAAAGGAGGCUCAGUCCUCCUCUGGGGUCAAGGGGCGACAGCGAAGCUCCACCUUUAGUGUAUCAUCCUCUGACCAGAGGAAAGGUCGCUGCCGCUCUCUGCCAAUGUCUGGAGACUACAGCAGCAGUGGCGGCUCACCCUACAGACUGAGUGAGGCUGAACAGAGGAUGCUGGACCUAGAUCUGUCCUCAUCAUAUGUAGGAGAGGAAGAGUAGAUCACGCAGGUUUGUAGCAAUAUACCUGUGUAUAGAUUCUUUCUGCAACAUCUGUGACUUUAACCAAAUAUUAACAGAGACACACAUAAAGGUGAAGAUUGUACUACAGUCUAUAUCAAAAAAUGUAGGGAAUUUGCUUAUCUACAAGAAGGAGAGCAAAAGUAAGAUAUUUAAGUUUAUUGUAUUUCAAAAAAAUGUUUUCAUAUUGCAUUUCUUAUUGUAACUGCUUUAAUAUUUUAAAUUUGAAUUGGCAUUAUAGUUGAACAUAUUUUUGUCUUGUUAAGAGUAUGACUUCAGGAUUUCUCUCUUUUCAAGACACAUGUGGAAUAUGUUUCUCUGUAUAUCAACAACUGGUACAGUAUAUAUCAUAAUAAGUCAAAUUUAAAUUUGCCUUGUAACUUCAUCUGUGUGCACUGUUGAACACAAGCUCAAUCAAUGACAGUAUUCAAAACACUAGAGAAGACUGGUUAGUCUUAUUGCUUUGCACUGCUGAAUGUGAUGUUUGUUUAUCAUGCUGUGAAGUCAUGCUGUGAAGUCAUGCUGUGCUCUCACUAUGAAAUGGUUUACCGGUAAGGGACAUUUUGAAUGUGUGAUCUAAGCAAUGUCAAGGUUUUUUCAUGUUUUCUACAAAGUUCACAAGUUAGAGUAAUAGUAUGCAGUUGACUACGUUUGAAGGCAGUCAAAUAUGAACAUCAGUGAGGCAGUACGGCUGAGAUGCUGGUUGUUUUAUUGUUUGAGUAAUGUCAUACACUUUAUAGAAAAGAAAUGCUUACUGGAAAGCAGAAGAUACUGUACUAUCGACAUUUGAUAAUAGUUUCAAAUCAUGAAGCAAAGGGAGAAAUUAAAAUAUAUAGAAUUUAAACAUGA